GAUUUUAGUGAAAAAAAACCUCUUACAGUCACGUGGAGACUAUUCCAGAAGGCUAUGGGUACUAGAAGGACUAAUUUAAUUAUAAAACGCCUGGGGGAUUUUUGCGGUUCUGAUACAUUCUUUAGACUAAGCGUCGAAUUCUGCUCUAUUUUUGAGGAUAUUCGAGGAUUUUACUAUGCCAGAAGGACCAGAACUUUACAAAAACAGCCAAUUCGUGAACAAAGUCUGCAAAGGACUCGUUUUCAGUGGCAAGAUUGUGAAGUCAGCUGUUAGCACUAAAAACCCCGAUGUCUCCUUUCCCGCCAUGUGUGAUUAUUGCAUAACUUCAGAGUCUAGAGGUAAAGAAACUGCGCUGAUUUUGACAUCAUUAGGCUCUGAUGGCAAUGGAAAACAAAUCAAACAAGAGAAAGAUUGCGAAAAGCAAAGACUCAGGAUUCUUUUUCGAUUUGGAAUGUCUGGAAAGUUUACGUUUGGUGCAGUAAAGGACAUGCAUAAACAUGCGCACUUGAACUUCUUUACUAAGGAGAAACCAGUCAUGGUGUUGAGUUUUGUAGAUGUUAGAAGAUUUGGUCGAUGGGAAGUGACAGAUGAAUGGUCAAACAACAGAGGACCUGAUCCAAUGUUUGAAUACCAAGAGUUUAGAUCAAACAUUCUUGAUAAUCUACAAGAAACAGUAUUCAACAAACCACUAUGUGAAGUAAUGCACAAUCAGAAGUACUUUAACGGAAUUGGGAACUAUCUUAGAGCUGAGAUCAUUUUUAGGGCUGCUGUUCCUCCAUUUAGCUCUGCAAGAUCAGUGCUGGAAAAGCUCAAGGUAAAUGAGGAGGAAAGCAUGUCCAAGGUAUCAAAAGGAAAGAAAUGUAAAGUUAAACAUCCAGACUUUCUAGAGCUUUGUAAUUUGGUGCCUAAAGAGGUGAUUAAUUUACCAUAUGAUCCCACAGGAAAUUAUUCAGAUUAUUCUGCAUUCAAUGAGUGGCGUCAGUGCUACUACAAACCAGAGAUGAGGAACAUUGUGGACCAUGAUGGCAGGACCAUUUGGUUUAAGGGUGAAGCUGGACCUUUGGUGCCUAAAGAUGCAAAAUCAAGAGGGAUACGCACAUCUAAAAAGAGGAAAACAGAAAAAGUUAAAAAAGAAAUAAAUGGAGAGGAGGAAACUAAAGCGGUGAGUGAGGACCAUGCUCCACCAAAGAAAAAGAAAAAGAAAACGAAGACACCGCCAAAAGCAACAGUGAAAAAAGAACCGAAAAAGAAAACGGUUGUUGGGAAAGAGAGUAGAAAAAAGAGGUCGUCUGGGAAGCAGCAGAACGCACCAGUCAGAAGAAGCCUUCGUCUUAACAAAGAUAUUCGCAAGUAGCUUAAUUAUUCGGAACACGUAGGCAAGAUGCAUUGUGGUCAAAUUAUUAGUAUUCACAAAAGGAGGGAAAAUUUCAUUAAUUUCUAAACUGUGUUCAAAUUUUCUGUAAACAAAAGCCAAAAUGGAUGACUCGCUCCCGACGAAAAUUCGAGUGACGAAAGAGAAACGGUUUUCGCUCGACUUGGUAUACGUGAUGUGAAAGGGAGAAUUUGUCUAAGUAAAUGUCACUAAACCUGAGCACAGUAAACAAAACAGGUGUUUCGCCCAUGCCCUGCUCUCGGCCUAAACCCGGGUCCAGUCUUCAGACAAUUUCCACGUGACUAAAACGUCAUUUUCAUCUGCCUGACUUCAUCUACCAAUGAGCACAAAGUAAACACAGUUGAGGGUAAUUUAACAAUGACGUUAUGCAUGGCGAAGAAAUAACAAGCCUGUGAGUACAAUGCCGUAUGUUCAUUUAUAUUUCAAAUUUUUAGUGAAUUUUAUUACGUUUUCCAGUGCUUACAGAUGAGUUUAUUAGCUCAGGUAAAGUAACAGAGACGCGUAAAUCUAAUUUGACCGUUGCGUGAGUAACUUUAGGAAAGAGUAAUGAUUUGACGGGAACGUCAUUAGCCAAGCCCUGUUCCCAUGGUAACAUUCUUCAAAGUUAAUAACAAAUAGUCUUCACUACUGUAGUUUUUCUACGGAUUAGAAAGGAUGAGAAAAUAACACAUUCAAACUCUCAUGACUUUUUUUUGCCUUGUUUUUAUCUACCGAAUGAAAAUAAACUGAAU